AUGACUUCCCGUAAACCAGAAAAUUACUUUGAACAAAAUAAAAACUGGUCGCUUAUUUCUUUCUUAAUAUACGGACAAACAAAAGAGCAUUGUGCUAAAGCCAAAAAUGCCUUGAAAAUUUCGAGUGAACUACGACUUCCCUCGGGGAAUAGACUACGCCUCUAUUGUCAUGUUGCAACUGGGAACCACGUCUUUCCGUUUGAGAAAUCUUCUCCAGUUGUAGAAUCUUUUUGGUCAUCGGAUGAAAUUCAUUUCAUCUUACCAAGAUGGUCUGCGUUGAAUGGAAUUAUCGGUGAAUCGCAAAAAUUAUCAAUUGUAACGAUGUUUAUUCUAAAAAAUAGGAGCAAGAGUGGAGUGAAGGAUAAAGCGAAGAAAUGUUUAUUGUUGAAAAUAAGCUGUCAAGAUGUAGAUAAUGAUGUUUGUUCUCAAAUUGUGAGUUGUAAGAAAAAAUGUACAUAUAAAAAACUGGAAGAGAAACAAGAGUGGAACGAAGGACAAAUAAUAUUGUUCUAUGAAGCAAGCGAAGAAACCUUGAAUAAUGAAUAUAAGCUCAAAAUUUUUACAAAUAAUAAGAUUGUAGAUAACGAUGUCUAUCCUAAAAUCGAGGAUGGCAAGGAAAAAUGCACAAGUAAAAGGAAAGGACAGGAAGAGGAGCAAGAGUGGAAUGAAGGACAAAAAAAUAUUGAUGAAAUAAGCUGUCAAACGAAACAUCGUAUGGCUGGUUCAUUCAAGCUUUCAACAAUACCAAGAAAAUAUUCCAAAAAGUCGUUGAAUAAUUACACCGGCUUAUUGGGUAUCAUUGACUUAACAAAAGUGAGUUUAUACGGAUAUAAAGAACUAUCAGCAGUACAAAUACAAGAAUUGGCUCAAGAUUUUUCGAAUAAAAUUGCGUGGAAUCCUCAACAGAAAAGGAAAUAUGAAUUUGUUUCAUUGCAUCUUGACAGAGGAGGAAUUAAAGAUGAUAAAGUCAUUUCCGCUUUUUCAAUCCGUCAAAAAUUAGAUAUGAAGGGAAUGUUAGUGAGAACUCCUAAUGAUUUGAAGCUUUGUAUGAUGAACCAAGGACAAGUCAAGUAUAAUCAUUUAUGGAUGGAUUCAAGUAGGUACGUUGAUUCCGAAGAUACUUUACUUAUAUAUACAGACUUGUUAUCUAAUAGAUUUUAUUUAACACAAGGUUGGAAUUAA